AUGGAAUAUGCCAGUGGAGGUGAGGUGUUUGACUAUCUUGUGUCUCAUGGUAAAAUGAAUGAGAAGGAUGCACGCUGCAAAUUUCGUCAGAUUGUAUCAGCUGUACAAUACUGCCAUCAGAAAAUGAUUGUUCAUCGAGAUUUAAAAGCUGAAAAUUUGUUAUUAGAUGCAGAAUUAAAUAUAAAGAUUGCAGAUUUCGGUUUUUCAAAUUACUUCUCAAACUCACAAAAAUUGGAUACAUUUUGUGGCAGUCCACCGUACGCUGCACCGGAAUUAUUUUUAGGACGUAAAUAUGAAGGUCCAGAGGUUGAUGUUUGGUCAUUAGGUGUAAUCUUGUACACUCUGGUCAGUGGUACCCUACCCUUCGAUGGUAAAAAUCUAAAGGAAUUACGCGAACGUGUGUUACGCGGUACCUAUCGAGUGCCUUAUUAUAUGACACAUGAAUGUGAGAUGUUAUUGAAAAAAAUGUUAGUUCUUAAUCCUGCCAAGCGUAUUACACUACAGGAAGUAAUGAGUGAUCCUUGGAUAAAUCAAGGCUAUGAGCACAGUGUAUUAAAACCUCAUACUGAAGAACCUGCCGAUUAUUGUGAUCCUGAACGUAUUGAUAUAAUGAUGCGUAUGGGUUUCAAACGAGAAGAUAUUCAUGACUCUUUAACUCAACAACGAUUCAAUAACAUCACUGCUACAUAUCUGUUAUUAGCUCGUUAUGAUCCACGUGUACAUGGUCGAUUACGAGGUUUGCCUAGUACAUCUACAACUAGUUUAAAAUCAGACAAUCAGUCAAUUCGUUCACGUCAAACACCGGAAACACAAUCUAUUUCGGGUAUGACAUGCAGUACUACCACUGCUGUUUCUACGAUAACUCAAUAUUCAGUGACCAACGGGAUUACUAAUCGUAAUAUGGAUUCUGUUGUUUUAAAUAAUCGGCAUACAUCUGCGGGAUGUCGAUCCAGUAAAGAUACAAUCAGUACAACAACUACAGGAAGUUUAUACACAGACUCUUACACAGCGACAAAUUCUUCCGCGACUAACUCAAGCGCUACAAACACCAGUGGUGGAAACCGCAAUGUUUCUAGCUCAGUACGCAGAUCAGCCACUGUGUCCGGUCCAAAUGAUGCGAAUCAAGCGGUAACUCCAUUAUCAGGUGCACUGCUUAAGUCAUCUGCACUUCCUGCACUGACUUCUACUUAUUCUCCUUCUCCAAUAUCACGAAAUACAACACCUCCUCCACCAUCUCAAGCACCUCCGCCUGAUGUUUCUCAUCAGAUUCCUGCAACUCAACCUUCAGUAAUCACUCUUCACCCAGCUUCUGUUACUGCUCACCUGACACUUGCUAAUAUGUCUAAUGGACCAUCAUGUUCGCUUCCAUCUAAUUCUAACUCAGUACCUCCACUUGUAACUUCUUUUACGCGUCAUAAUUCUCGUCCACGAGCGGCUACUCGAUCAUUUUCCAUUCAACCACAAGCCGUUGCCCCAUUGGCACUAGAUGAAGAAGAGAUCGCAAAUUCAACAAAGUUUCGACGAAGUCGUAAUCAAAAGUCUCCUUCAAUUGAAAAUAAAAUAAGCAACUGCAAUGGUUUGAUGAAAGAACUAUCGAUUUCUUCUACUAGCUCGGAAGAUGCCGCCUCUGAUGAGAAAGAUUUGUAUGACAGAGAUUCUGAUUCUGAAUCACCAGGUUCUCUAAAGGUAUCUCGUUCUUCGCAUAACUCGCACAGGAGUAAAAAUUUCAAUCAAACCAAUAAGAAUCAAACUGCUAUAUCAGUCAUGUCCGGAGGAGGGGCAGCUGCUCCCAAUACAAAUUUUAAUAACAAAAGUUAUUUAUUUUCUCAAAAUGAAAAACGAACGUUUGAUAAUAAUAAUUCUGAAGACCCUCAACACCGGGAGCCAUCUCAAUUUAAUCGAGCCACUCCGGUUCGACGCAAAUCAAUCAGUACUACAAGAUCUAGUUGUUUAACAAACACCACACUGACAAUUAACACAAAUUCUUCACCGUUUAACGAAUAUCCUCCAGCACCAGUUAAUAAUGACAGAGAAACUACAUCAGGUCCAACUGUUUCUUAUAAAAAUGCUAUCAGCUCAUCAAUAGCGAAUCGUGUUAAUUUAUACAAUAAUGAGUUAAAUAAGAAUAAUACUGCUUUAUCGGAACUGGAAUCAAAAGCUGUGACAAAAGAACAAAAUGUCCCAAGUGUAUAUCCGAAACCUAGAACCAUGUUUCGAUAUCCUCCUAACGCUACUGAUAUACUAAAUGAAUCUAAUCCUUUUCGAAUGGUAAAUGAUAUAUCAUUGACUGAUUCUGCGAAUACGCCACCAGCUGUCCCACCCCAUGGUUCUCGUUUACCAGCUCAAUUUAAUUCCGCAACAACUAAUCGAACAAAUCUAUACAAUAAUAAUGGUUCACCACCUUAUAAUACAAUGAACUCUUUUGGAGCUACAAUAAGACGUCCUACAGCACCUGUUCCACAAAAUUCAAUUACGCCUAUUUCAUCUGCUUCUAUUAGUCCAGUGACACGUACAUCUUACGCUUAUCAUUCAUUAAGAUUGCCUUCUAAUACAACUUCUAAUAGUUGCACCAAUGAUAUUCUCUCACAUCAACUUGGUCGGGCGAAUAAUGAGUUAGUUCGUCCAUCAGUAACUUCUCUUUGGUCUAAUGGCCUUGGUGAAGGAGGUGCAAAUCAAUCCCUUUCAAGUCCUCCUUAUGCAGCUGACUUAAGAGAGGAUAAUUCAACUCUUCCGUUUAAUCGUAACCUACCAGAACGUUCAACUAUUCAACAUGUACCAACUGGAAGAGCUAGAGAACGUCUAGAAGGAACGUCAGGUGGUCCACGACUUGUCCGUCAUCCUGGAACACAAAGUAUUGCCCAUCCGGCUACAGAAUCUCAUUCACCACCAACUGGUAACUCAAAUCUUUCUACACCAAGACCUAAUAGUCCUGAUUUGUCGAUAUCGUCUGGGACUUCAUCUGUUUCUACAUUAAGCCAUCAUGGUGAUAGAACAGAUUAUGAUGAAGAAUCCCCAACACCAGAAAAUGAACGACAUCCGGAUAUUAAUCACAGAAGUCAUACCAUUGGAUCUUCGGUUCAACCUUUCGCUCGUAACUUCUCUAUUCGUCCUUCAGGCAAUCGAUUAGAAAAUGAUGCAAUCCACAAUAAUUCAACUAAUAAUGGAGGUAUCAACAGUUUUUUUCGAACUCUAACAACCCGAAUAUCUAGUAGGUAAGUGGCAUACGUUGUUUUACAGUAACAUCGAGAAAGGUUUCAUUAUUUUGGUCGAACUGUAUGCAUUUCAUUGUGUUAGCUUAUAAGAGGGAAUUGAUCAGUUUUCAAACCAAUUCUGUCGAUCAACACCGGUUAUAGUGCCAUUAAGCACUGAGCUUCUGUUCCAUCCUGGUUCAGGGCUCCUUAGUAGUACGGAAUCAUAAAGAGAUGUACGGAUUGGUCUCAAGUCCAGUAAUGAACAUAUGAGCACCCAACCACUGGAUUGAAAUGUGAUAGUUCACAUAUGUGUAUUCCUGUCAAUUCUCGCUGUUGCACUGCCAUCACCCAGUAUCAUCUAUCCUCACAUGUGACUUAGUUGACUCCCUCCUUCGUCAAGACUUCGGACUUGAGAUUCAAAAAAAUCGGUGUUGAGGCAAAUUACCAGUGAAAACUGGUGGAUUGUUAUUCAUUCUGAACGUUUGUGGGACAUUAUCUGAUUUCAAGGCAGUUUUAUCUCAAAUUGAUAUCAGUUAGAGGAAGUUAUACUGGACCAAUCAGUGGAUGUCAUUGAGGUUAGGUAUAGAUCACCAGUAGACAGGUUGAAGUGCAAUCUAUCCGCAUUAAACGUAGUAGCUCAUGUUAGUUGGUUGGAGGCAAACGGCAGGAAACCUUAGACCUAGGUUUCGUGCUUGUUGGAGCUCAUCAGCAAAGCCUCUAGGAAGCUACCGAUCUCCUCUAGUCAACUAGCAUCUUUCAAAGUGCACCACGAUGCUGAGCCUCCUAGUUUGGUGGCCUUAUUGCAAAAAUGAUCGAUAGAAUUAAGUCUGCACCCAGGACUAGACAACAUGAGAUUGAUUGCUCUCCGGUAACCAGUCAGUGUAAUGGCUCAUUUC